AUGUUUUGCAGAUCUGCUUUCCGCGCGGCCCUGCCGCUGAGGACGCAGGCACGCCGCUACGCCACCGAGUCCGGAUCCCAGGGCGGCGGCGGCGGCUCCAACACGUUCCUCUACGUCGCCGGCGGUGCGGCCCUCGCCGGCGCCGGCUUCUGGUACAUGAGCGGCACGCCGUCGGCGCAAAAGGCCGAGGCCAAGGUCAAGCAGGCGGUUGGCGGCGCGGGGAAGCCGGCCUUUACCGGCGGUGAUCAGGGCUUCGUCUCGCUGAAGCUGGCCGACGUCGAGACGGUCAACCACAACACCAAGCGCUUCCGCUUCGAGCUGCCAGAGGGCGACAUGGUUUCUGGCCUGCAGAUUGCCAGCGCAAUCCUGACCAAGUACAAGGGGCCCAGCGACGAAAAGGCCACCCUACGGCCUUACACUCCCAUCAGCGACGAAGGCGAGAAAGGCUACAUGGACCUCUUGGUCAAGAAGUACCCCGACGGCCCCAUGAGCACGCACCUGCACAGCAUGGCCCCAGGCCAGCGGCUCGACUUCAAGGGCCCGCUGCCCAAGUACGCGUGGGCGGAGAACAAGCACGAGCACAUUGGGCUCAUUGCUGGCGGCACGGGCAUCACACCCAUGUACCAGCUGCUGCGCGCCAUCUUCAACAACCCCAACGACAAGACCAAGGUGACGCUGGUCUUUGGCAACGUCAGCGAGGAGGAUAUUUUGCUCAAGAAGGAGCUGUCUGAGCUGGAGAAUACGUACCCGCAGCGGUUCCGCGCUUUUUACGUGCUGGACAAGGCGCCCAAGGGCUGGCAGGGCGGCACGGGCUUCAUCACCAAGGACCUGCUCAAGACGGUGCUGCCAGAGCCCAAGGGUGACAACAUCAAGCUGUUUGUAUGCGGGCCCCCGGGCUUGAUGAAUGCCGUGUCGGGCAACAAGGUCAACCCCAAGGACCAGGGCGAGCUGGUGGGCGCGCUCAAGGACCUGGGCUACUCCAAGGAGCAGGUGUAUAAGUUUUAG